GGUUGACGCACCUAAAGAGACGGUACAGACGCGAAAUUUACUGUUUCUAAGUAUUUUUUCUUAAAAAAUGUAUUUGAAAAUGCCAAAAAAGCGUGUUAUAAGUUGAGGCAAGAUGUUAACGAUGCCACCGCGAAAGCCGCUGAGACUUAGUGAAAGACGGGGUAUAUUGAGGCGUGAGUGUGAUUCGAUAGAUCUCGAUUCGUUGGAGGAAGAAGAGGUAGAUAACGAAGAAACAAGAAAUGGAAUGGUCCAGACGAAUCACCUAACUUUGUCAGUUCCAAAUCAAGUACUAGAGAACGCCUCCACUGUGAAACAUCUUAAUUUAAACAAUCUUUGUAAAAAUCAAGAUGAAAACAUCGGGAACUGUUUCGUUGAUGAGAUUGUGUUGCCAGGGGAAUCGCUGGAAAGUUUUGCAGAGUUGCGGGUGUUGAGCUUGAGAUCUAACGGUAUCCAGAAUUUUCCAAACAGCGUGUUGCAAUUGACCACCUUGGUUACUCUGGAUAUUUCUGAUAAUUCUUUGCUUACCCUGCCGCCGGAGAUUAGCAAAUUAUACAACUUGAAAGAAUUAAUUCUUGACCAGAACCUUCUCAGCGUUCUGCCCUCAACCUUAUGGGACCUAAAAUUUCUUACAACCUUAAGGGUGGCUUCCAAUCGUUUGGCUUUACCCCCUGACAAAUCUAAAGAGAACCCAGAGAUGAGAGCUCUUAUAUUAGCGGAAUCCGAACUAAAUCCAGAGAAUCGACGAAAUUCAAAUUCCAAAAACUCAAACGGUCUUACAACGUUAAAUUUGAGAGCAAAUAGACUUAAAGGACAUAUUAUUUUAGGCAACUAUACCAGUUUGACACAAUUAGAUAUAAGCGAAAAUAGUAUAGAGAUUUUAGAUUUAGGAUCAGUCGAGAAUCUUCAGGUGCUCCAGUGUUCUAGAAACAAUUUAAGUCAGCUAACUCUAUAUGGCAAGCAUUUGGUGUCUGUAAUUGCAGGAAAUAACAGAUUAAAGUCCUUCACUACGAGUCAACCACCUCUUCACCUAUCUCAUUUUGACAUCUCCUACAAUGACCUGGAAUCCUUGCCCGAUUGGUUGUCAGGUUGCAGCGAGCUUCGGUCACUAUUCGCAAGCAAUAACGCCCUUACAUCGUUGCCAGAUCAUUUAUUUUGUAACGAAAUGCCAUUUCUACAAACGGUCCAGCUGGCCUACAAUCAGCUUCAAAGCUUGCCCAUGAUUCAGCGCCGAUUGCCUAUCAGAGAACUCUUUUUGCAAAACAACAGUUUGUCAAGUUUGCCGGAAAACUUUUUUAAGUUCGUCAGUACUAUUAAAGUUUUGAACUUGUCGAAUAACAGGCUGGUGGAUUUGCCUAAGCCCGAGGAUGUUUUAGUUUUGGAAAAGUUGCUUCUGACAGCUAAUUGUUUGAUUGAUAAAUCUCUGGAUAAGAUGACACCAUAUUUGAGAAAUAUUAAGACGCUUCAUGUUGCUUAUAACAAUCUAACCUCGUUACCAGAAGCUUGUCCAAAUUACUGGACAGAAUUAGAAGAACUAGUCGUAUCAGGAAAUAAAAUAUUACAAAUACCCCAGCAUAUCGACCAGCUGAAGCAUUUAACAGUACUUCGGGUACAUUCAAAUCUUUUGCAAAGCAUUCCGAAACUAUCUAAGUUAUUGAAGUUGAGAGUAUUAGAUCUGGCUCACAAUCAGCUUGACAGAGUUGAUUUGACGUCAUUAAUACCUCCCAAUUUAAAAUUUUUGGAUCUUUCUUGCAACACCAAGCUGUACGUUGAUUGCCAUCAGUUUAAUACCUACAGAACCCAAAGACCUAUGUCCUUGGUAGAUGUUAGUGGUAAAAAUAGGACUAGUUUACCUCUGUCUCCAGCACCGUUUUGUGAGAGUGAUUUGACUGAUUACAGUUGGUCGGUUGGUUUUUCGGAAACAUCCGGAACAAAAUCCAAACUGCACAUUACUCAAAUCAGGUUACCUGCUUUUUGUAAUACCGAAGCAUUGUUUGGACUAUUCGAUGGUGAAAAUAAUAAUGACAAUCCUGUAGGGGUAGAUAAAGUUUUACCUAGGAUACUUUUGGAAGAAAGGACUGUAAAGGAAACAGCGCACGAUUAUAUGAAGUAUACUAUGCUGUCGACAUAUCGAAAUUUAAAAUCAAAAGGAUUAAAACAAGGUUUAAACGCCAUAAUAGUCCACGUUCUCAAAGCCAAACCUAGCAGCGAAGACUUCAACGGUUUCUCCGACAACUUCAAGAAAUACGUCAUGAAAAUCGCUUCCAUAGGAGACAUUAGAAUAGUUUUAGGAAAAUCUUCGGGACCGGUAAGAUUACUGCCCGUGAAAAUGAGGAAACAGAUCAGAACCAACCCCACGUUGCAACUAACGGUACCUGACCCCGACGUAACGGAGAUCUACUUGGAUGAACAAGACGAAUACAUGAUCAUAGCGAACAAGAAUUUGUGGGAUGUUAUAACACCCGAAAAUGCCAUAAGAGAAGUCAGUUUGCAAAGGAACGUUAUUUUGGCAGCGAAGAGGUUGCAGGAUCUCGCGCAAAGUUAUGGUGCUGAAGAAAACUUAAGCAUAAUCGUAGUUAAAUUCAAUCUGAUAGGCUCAGAUGUAGACCUAUUAAUGAGGGAACUAAGACAAACCAUUAGAAAGAACAAAUAUCGCAGUGACAGUACUAACUCCGUCUGCCAGCCGGGAUGCUGCUGUGAAACAUUAAACAACGAAUGCAUUAACUGUCUAGAGAAAAUCCCUAUACCUCCGCCUAUGAUGAUGGGUGACGAUAGGUUUCUUAGAUCGUCACCCAGUGGUCAAAGCGAGCAUUGUUGUAGCGAUUGUAACUCGUCUUCAAAAAUGUUCAUAAGUCAACUCACCAAGCAACCAGAAAACAGGAUAUUCAGAAGUGUGACGCCCAGUAUAUUUGAUACAGUUGAGGUAAAAGCCAGUCCAGAAAGACGCAGUUAUAGAGGAGUAGCAAAAGCUUUAAAACAACGUAGAGAAGAAGAAAGAAAUAAAGAAGUCGAUUCUGAUUCAGCUCUAUCGGAAGAACAGUUCAAAUGUUGGGAAUAUAUGCUAGAGCAGAAUACACAAAUGAUUUUCGAUAAGGAAUUGAAUAAUUUAAAUAAAGGUAAAAGAAGCAAGUCACCUUUUAGCAUAAAGACGCCAAGUUUAAGUAGAAGCAAUCCUCAUCUUUCAACUAUAUCGGAUAAUAACAACAACCCACCUACAGGUCAUUUCCUGUCAAAACAGUUCGGCAGCUCACGUUCGUUUAAUCCAGCCCUGGCAAAAUCGAACAGUCGCUUGGCUUUGGACAACAGAAAGCAGUUGAUGGGUGGUCCAAACGCAGCCUAUUUCGGCAGUUUGCAACGGUUGAUGCCUUACAAUUUGGAGUACGAUUUUGCUCUGAUGCACGAAAGGGGCCUAGUUGAUUCUAUGGAUCUGGAUAGGAUGCAGCAAUAUUGGGGAGUAGCAACCACAGAGUUAUAGUAUCUAAUAGUACACUAAGUUAUAGUAAUAGUUUUUUGUAUUGAAAUUGUACAGUAAUAUAAAAAAUGUACAAUGUUGGAUGAUACUUUACCAAACUUUUUUUCUGAACUAAUUGUUUAUAUUUUCACAGAAAAUGAAACUCAUUUAAUUAGAGCUUUUAUUUGUUUGAAACUGGUAGUCAAAAUGGUAGGAAUUAGUAGAACUUUUAAGUUAUAUUUAAAAAGCUGUAUUAUAUAUAACUACCAUAGGAAUGAAAAAAAAAACGGCGUCAAAAAUGGCUGGGGAAUGAAAAUCGAUGAUAAUUCUGGCGAGGUCAAGCCCUAAACGUCAUUUCUUGGUCAGUAUCCUUCUUUAUUUCUUAACGGUUCUUUCUUAAUUAGUAAAUUUAUUUUUAUAUUAAUAAAAAGUUUGUUAAAUGGUGUUUAAAAUUAGAGAAUUUUUUUUUAAUC